AUGGCAGAAGAGGAUAUUGGGACUGAAUCCUUUGGGGAAGAGGGAGAGAGAGGGCCCCAGAGUCCUGAUGAAAUCAUUUUCCAGCAGUGCAAAAUGUUUGCUCUACAUAUUCAGAGGAAGAGAAAGCAGUUAGGUGCCAGUUUUUGGCACCUUUGCACUGGGAGAUGUUCGGGAAGAUGGGGUAGUCUUAGUUGUUCCUGCCACUGUCAGAGAUGUCAGAGGUGGAGGGAGAGAGAGGAUGGAACCAGAAGAAGCCAAGGACAGAGAGAGAAGAAAGAUGACAAGGGACUAGAGAAACCAAAACGAAAGGUGCAGAAGGGGAAACAGAUGCAGAAAGCAUCUGGAGACAAGGAAUCAGAGAACUCUAUCUCCAGGAAGAAACCGCUGCCCAGUCUAGAAGGGCCUAGGCCUCUUUCCUGGGUUGACUUUGGACACAAAUCUAGAAGCCCCCCAAGGAGAUCCUGCCUCCUCUCUGUGCCAUCUCGGUCUCUUGCGGGUUUCCAGGUUUCCUUCUCUGAAGGGCAGGCAUUCUUUGCCUGGGACCCCGAAACAUCUGAAACACAGAUUGGUGACAAGAAACUGCAGAACUCCAGAUCUUUUGGGGGGACCUCAGAGGGUACAGAUGGCCUGGGCCUGCUCCACCGCCAGGGGACGUCUGUAGCCCUGCAGGCGGUCCAGAGCCUGAGUUGUAGGGUGGGGACCGUGCUCCGUCUCCCAACUGAGGGCCGGGCGGGUUUGGACAUCGUGCACCCUGUGCGAGUGGAUGCUGGAGGCUCCUUCCUGUCCUAUGAGCUGUGGCCACGGGUGCUGCGUAAGCGGGAUGUGUCUGCUGCGCAGGCCUCAUCCGCGUUCUACCAGCUGCAGUACCAAGGGCGGGAGCUGCUUUUCAACCUGACCACCAACCCUUAUCUCCUGGCUCCCGGCUUUGUGAGUGAGAUCCGACGUCGCAGCAACCUAAGCAACGUGCACAUCCAAACCAGUGUCCCAACCUGCCAUUUGCUUGGCGAUGUCCAAGACCCAGAGCUGGAAGGUGGCUUUGCAGCCAUCAGCGCCUGUGAUGGCCUAAGAGGUGUGUUCCAGCUCUCCAAUGAGGACUACUUCAUUGAGCCUCUGGAUGAAGUUCCAGCUCAGCCUGGACAUGCCCAGCCCCAUAUGGUGUACAAGCACAAACGCUCUGGGCAGCAGGAUGACUCAAGGACUUCAGGCACCUGUGGGGUGCAAGGGUCCCCAGAGCUGAAGCACCAGCGAGAACAUUGGGAACAGCGGCAGCAGAAGCGGAGGCAGCAGCGAUCAAUCAGCAAAGAGAAGUGGGUGGAGACCCUGGUAGUGGCUGAUUCCAAGAUGGUGGAGUACCACGGGCAGCCGCAAGUGGAGAGCUAUGUGCUGACGAUCAUGAACAUGGUGGCUGGACUGUAUCAUGAUCCAAGCAUUGGGAAUCCCAUUCACAUCACCGUUGUGCGCCUUAUUAUACUGGAAGACGAGGAGAAGGACUUAAAGAUCACACACCAUGCUGAUGACACUCUGAAGAACUUCUGUAGGUGGCAGAAGAAUGUCAACAUGAAGGGGGAUGACCACCCACAGCACCAUGACACUGCCAUCCUGCUUACCAGGAAGGAUUUGUGUGCAACCAUGAACCACCCCUGUGAAACCUUGGGCCUGUCUCACGUGGCUGGCUUGUGCCACCCUCAGCUCAGCUGUAGUGUCAGUGAGGAUACUGGCCUGCCUCUGGCCUUCACUGUGGCCCAUGAGCUAGGACACAGUUUUGGCAUUCAGCAUGACGGCACCGGCAAUGACUGUGAAUCCAUUGGGAAACGGCCUUUCAUCAUGUCUCCACAGCUCCUGUAUGACAGAGGCAUUCCACUCACCUGGUCCCGCUGCAGCCGCGAGUACAUCACCAGGUUCCUCGACCGUGGGUGGGGCCUGUGCUUAGAUGACCGUCCAUCCAAGGGUGUCAUUAACUUCCCCUCGGUGCUGCCCGGUGUCCUGUACGAUGUGAACCAUCAGUGCCGCCUUCAGUAUGGGCCUUCUUCAGCCUACUGUGAGGACGUGGAUAAUGUCUGCUACACUCUGUGGUGCUCGGUGGGGACCACCUGUCACUCCAAGAUGGAUGCUGCUGUGGAUGGUACGAGCUGUGGGAAGAACAAGUGGUGUCUCAAUGGAGAGUGCGUCCCUGAGGGCUUCCAGCCCGAGACGGUGGACGGUGGCUGGUCCGGUUGGAGUGCCUGGUCUGUCUGCUCGCGGAGCUGUGGCGUGGGCGUACGGAGUUCUGAACGACAGUGCACACAGCCUGUGCCUAAGAACAAAGGCAAGUACUGUGUGGGGGAGCGGAAGCGGUACCGGCUCUGCAACCUGCAGGCCUGCCCACCAGACCGUCCCUCUUUCCGCCACACCCAGUGUAGCCAGUUUGAUAGCAUGCUGUACAAGGGGAAACUACACAAAUGGGUGCCUGUGCUCAACGACGAGAACCCAUGUGAGCUGCACUGCCGGCCCUUCAACUACUCCAACAGAGAGAAGCUGAGGGAUGCUGUGAUGGAUGGCACCCCUUGCUACCAAGGCCGCAUCAGCCGUGACAUCUGCAUCGAUGGCAUUUGCAAGAAAGUGGGCUGUGACUUUGAGCUUGACUCUGGUGCUGAGGAGGACCGCUGUGGGGUGUGCCGGGGGGAUGGUUCUACUUGCCAUACCGUGAGCAGGACCUUCAAGGAGGCUGAAGGCAUGGGGUAUGUGGAUGUAGGGCUGAUCCCAGCUGGAGCCCGAGAGAUUCUCAUUGAGGAGGUGGCCGAGGCUGCCAACUUCCUGGCCCUGCGGAGUGAGGACCCAGACAAGUACUUCCUCAAUGGCGGCUGGACCAUCCAGUGGAAUGGGGACUACCAGGUGGCAGGCACUACCUUCACCUAUACACGCAAGGGCAACUGGGAGACCCUCACAUCCCCAGGCCCCACCACUGAGCCUGUCUGGAUCCAGCUGCUAUUCCAGGAGAGAAACCCUGGGGUACACUACAAGUAUACCAUCCAGAGGGCCAGCCACAGUGAAGCCCAGCCACCUGAGUUCUCCUGGCACUAUGGGCCCUGGAGCAAGUGCCCAGUCACCUGUGGGACAGGUGUGCAGAGGCAGAGUUUGUACUGCAUGGAGAAGCAGGCAGGAAUUGUAGAUGAGGGACACUGUGACCAUCUGAGUCGGCCCCGUGACCGCAAGAGGAAAUGCAAUGAGGAGCCCUGUCCUGCCAGGUGGUGGGUAGGGGACUGGCAGCCGUGUUCCCGAUCCUGUGGGCCUGGAGGUUUCUUUCGCCGGGCUGUGUUCUGCACACGUAGUGUAGGGCUGGAUGAGCAGCGUGCCCUUGAGCCAUCUGCUUGUGGACAUCUUCCCCGUCCCUUGGCUGAAAUCCCGUGCUACCAUUAUGUUGCCUGUCCUUCCUCCUGGGGUGUGGGGAACUGGUCUCAGUGCUCUGUGACAUGUGGAGCUGGCAUUCGGCAACGAAGUGUCCUCUGCAUCAACAAUACUGGUGUCCCCUGUGAUGGAGCUGAGCGACCAAUAACUGAGACCUUUUGUUUUCUGCAACCCUGCCAGUAUUCCACGUACAUAGUGGACACAGGUGCCUCUGGGAGCGGCUCCUCCAGUCCCGAGCUCUUCAAUGAGGUUGACUUCGACCCGCACCAGCCGGUCCCACGCCCUUCCCCAGCAUCCUCACCCAAGCCAGUCAGCAUCAGCAACGCUAUUGAUGAGGAAGACCCGGAACUGGAUCCGCCAGGGCCUGUGUUUGUGGAUGAUUUCUAUUAUGACUACAAUUUCAUUAACUUCCACGAAGACCUGUCCUAUGGGUCCUUUGAAGAAUCCCAUUCAGACCUGGUUGAUAUUGGGGGUCAGACAGUACCACCUCACAUCAGACCCACUGAACCCCCCUCAGAUUCUCCAGUGCCUACUGCAGGAGCUCCUGGAGCUGAGGAAGAGGGCAUUCAGGGAUCUUGGUCUCCUAGCCCUUUACUCAGUGAGGCUAGCCAUUCCCCACCAGUAUUAUUAGAGAAUACCCCUGUGAACCCCUUGGCCAAUUUCUUGACCGAGGAAGAGAGUCCCAUAGGGGCCCCUGAACUUGGGCUCCCCAGCGUGUCCUGGCCCCCUGCUUCAGUUGAUGGAAUGGUGACAUCUGUUGCCCCUGGAAACCCUGAUGAGUUGCUAGUGAGAGAAGAUACGCAGAGCCAGCCAUCCACUCCAUGGUCUGACAGGAACAAGCUUUCUAAAGAUGGUAACCCCUUGGGUCCUACAUCACCUGCCCUUCCCAAGAGCCCUUUCCCCACCCAGCCCUCAUCACCCUCCAACAGUACUACCCAAGCUUCUCUGAGUCCUGAUGCAGUAGAGGUGUCGACAGGAUGGAAUGUGGCCUUGGACCCUGUGCUAGAGGCUGACCUGAAGCCUGUACACGCACCAACUGAUCCAGGACUACUGGACCAGAUACAGACCCCUCACACCGAGGGGACCCAGAGUCCUGGGUUGUUACCUAGACCAGCUCAGGAGACUCAAACUAACAGUAGCAAGGACCCUGCAGUCCAGCCUUUGCAGCCCAGCCUAGUGGAGGACGGCGCCCCUACAGAUCUGCUGCCUGCCAAGAAUGCCAGUUGGCAAGUAGGAAACUGGAGCCAGUGUUCCACUACCUGUGGCCUGGGUGCCAUUUGGAGGCUUGUGCGCUGCAGCUCUGGCAAUGAUGAAGACUGCACCCUUUCAAGCCGUCCCCAGCCAGCCCGCCAUUGUCAUCUGAGGCCCUGUGCUGCCUGGCGUGCAGGCAACUGGAGUAAGUGCUCUCGCAACUGUGGUGGCGGUUCCGCUACCAGGGAUGUACAGUGUGUGGACACACGGGAUCUCCGGCCAUUGCGGCCCUUUCACUGCCAGCCCGGGCCUACCAAGCCACCCACCCGUCAGCUUUGUGGGACCCAACCUUGCCUCCCCUGGUACACCUCCUCCUGGAGAGAGUGCUCUGAGGCUUGUGGUGGUGGCGAACAGCAGCGUCUGGUGACUUGUCCAGAGCCAGGCCUCUGUGAGGAGUCGCUGAGACCCAACAACACCAGGCCCUGCAACACCCACCCCUGCACACAGUGGGUGGUAGGGCCCUGGGGUCAGUGCUCAGCCCCCUGUGGUGGUGGUGUUCAGCGGCGUCUGGUCAAGUGUGUGAACACUCAGACAGGCUUGGCAGAGGAAGACAGUGACCUGUGUAGCCAUGAGGCCUGGCCUGAGAGCUCACGGCCAUGUGCCACUGAGGACUGUGAACUGGUUGAACCCUCACGUUGUGAGCGGGAUCGCCUGCCCUUCAAUUUCUGUGAGACGCUGCGUCUGUUGGGCCGCUGCCAGCUGCCCACCAUCCGCGCUCAGUGCUGCCGCUCAUGUCCCCCACUCAGCCGCGGUGUCCCUUCCCGAGGCCAUCAACGGGUGGCCAGACGAUAAACCCACGCACCAUCAGGAUGCACAGACCGACCCAUGACACACAGACCUCAGUGCCCCACCACAGGCUGCGGUGGAGCCCCUGCUCCUCGUGUCCUAAUGGUGCUAACCUCAUCCCUGCACAAUGGCAGGCUGGGGACCCCCUUUCCUUUCAGAAAAAGGUAUUUUUUUAUUCUAACAGUUUGCACAUUUGUUAUUGUUUUACAUAAAUGAGUAUCUACCAUUUUG